UUGAAACGUUGUCUUAAUUCAGCAUCGGUAAUUUACGUUACCUUUCGGCUAAGUCUGAAGAUGAGUUGAAAUUCAGGGCGCGCGCAGAAGAAAAAGAAGGCUACAACAUUGAGGUACUCCGGCGAACAAAAAAUUCGUGCUGUUCUAUAAGAGGGAAUAAAUUUUCCGUUGAAGGUUGGUCACCUUGCCUUCGCUGUUAACGGCAUUCACGUUGACGGUAGGCAGAUCCAGCGCUGCAAUGACGUCACGACCACAUAGGCUUGGGCCCUCGCGAUCAACGACGUAGAGCGAAGCUGUUGUCGUUCGGUGUCCAUGCUGUGCAGCUGCAACGUUCUUGGCGGGAUACUGGAACACACAACCAAUGACCCCGGAGGACAGUCGCUGCACGCAGCGCGGUUUCAGGUUUCUGAAAGAGAAGCACCUCCCGAAGAUCACUAUUGCCGUGAGAGACAAGAACGGGAUCAGGUAGGAGCGCGGAACGCCUGCAUAAGGACAGGACAUUACAGCGGAACCAUAAAUUACGAUGGGAAGAGUUCAAUUUCCACGAGAAGCACUGCGGAAUCAGCAGAGGGCAUCACUCCCCUCCAUGGUUGUACUUGUGUUGCCUCACGUACUAUAUCAGCGGAAGCGUCCUACAGACACAGGUCACCUAAGCGAAGAACGUCUUCAAAAUCACGAGCAAGGUCAUGCAAAUCUGUCAACAGGAACAAAUUGUGUAACGACAAUUCAGGCAGUGUUCCUUGUACAUGCCGGACGCACAAGACGAGCAUAGCUGCGAAUAGUCGCGGUACGUACGUUCGAGACCAGCAGCUUUCCUGCUCAGCAAGAAGUUCGGAUGAGCAAGGCCCCCUUAAGGUAGUAACGAGGGAGACCAUUAGACGGCGCGAGUUUCUGUGCAACCUGAACCUGCCCGAUGGAAUACGCAUCAACCACCGGGGGAAGCUGGUCGAGGACAGGGGUGUGUCAGCGGAAGAGGCCAAUUUCAGAAAGAAGGUCCGGCCAGUUCUGCAGAAGUACCAUGAGCCCACUUGUUCCCAACCGAUGUCUCCUUCGCCAAUAAGUUACCGCCAAAAAGCAGCUUCAGUGCGCAUGUGCGCGGACACGACAACGGGACUCCAUGCAGCAGGGCUCGUUGCUGUAUCUUGUACUAGUCAGCCACAACAGCUAUCGAGGUCAAAUUCACAGUUGGCAGAGGUGGAGGAAAUUCGACCGAAGUCAACAUCAAGGCAUUCACUUCCAGAAUCGACAUCGCAUGUGAAGAUUGUUGGAAAGGCUCGCAAGUAUUCAGCUAUCAACUGCAAGUGUCCAAACGAAACAAGAUGCCGAAGCGGACUUACUCAAGAACUUACUCAGGUACAAGUAGAAUGCAUUUCGUGCAAAGAGAAGAAGUGGUACAUUGUCUGCAAAGCCUGUUUUAUGGAAAAUAGAAUUCAAUACUGCAAUGAUUGUAGAUUUCGGUCUGGUUCAUCUGUAAACAAAACUGGCAAUGUGAAUGAUGCUGUUUGUAGCGUCGAAGAUGCGAAUUCAAUACGCUUUGAUUCGAUAUAUCCUCAAAUACCGCAACAUUCAAUGCAUCCUCAGCUAGCAAAGCAUGGACUACAGUAUGCACACCCUGUGAACUACGAUGAAGCACAAGUGCACCCUAGCGUGACCCGCAUCGUGGACUCUCGCACACACCUAGGUGAGCGCGCGCGAACGAACACAUCCGCAGAAUAUCGGCCUGUUGAGAAUACUUGCACCGUGUCACGAACCAGUCGCAUCAUGUUGAAGACCGCUUCUGACCCCGCGGAAGAGAACCAGUUCCCAAUGCCUUUAUUCCAUGAUGAUGAGGCUACACCUCUACCCGUUUACGAGGAACCGGUGUUCUUGGUGUACGUUGAAUCAGAUGAUGAUGAAGCACCGAUCUAUCUGCAAAGUGCUCCGUACUGCAAGUCAUUCGAGAACUUCGAUACUACAAAUACGACUACGGAUUCUAAAAUACGGCCAGCUUCUCCUGCAGUGCUUCUCCAUGUCAGUGUCAAGAAAGAUAGAAACGUUCAUGCAGACAGUAAACCAGAUACCAACAACACACCGUCAGGAGUAAGUCAGGUACUCGAAACGUCUGUCAGUUGUGAAGCCUUCGCAACCCCUUGAUCAGGACUAACUCACGCUACCGCAAAAUGGCGGUGGCUGUUGCGCCAGUGAAGUGGCACAAUAUCCUAAGAAAUGUAUAUGUAUUUGACACAUGUUACCUUCAAUACAGGCUGCUAGCGACAUCUAGCAACAUAGUGCUGUGAAGGCCUCCCGAGAAGGACACUUUCCUUCACUAAUUAUUCAAUGAAAGAAUAAAAGUGCCUCGUCUAAAGAAAUACAAAAUUGUGCCAGUUGAGCAUA